AUGGGAGCAAUAGACAAAGUGGACAGGAAGGAUGAUGAAGAGCAUAAAUUCAAACUAUCUCAGCAACUGAGAAUGAUGGAACAAGAAACAAAAAAUCUUCGAGAAGCAAACCAAGCCUUAAGAAGUGAAAAUAGCAAACUGCAAAAGAAGGCACAAAAGAUGAAAAUUUUUUCUUCAAAGCAUGAUGGAGUUUCAGUGAAAUUCACUGAUGAUCAAUCCCAUCAAAGGUCACCCAGUGUGGAUGCUGAGUUUGCAAAAGCGCUCAAGACAUUUUACUUCAGCAUGAUUGGAGUGAGAGGAAGACUGAUCCGCUUGAAACAGAUUCCAGCUUCCAAGCCAUUUGGUGGUAUUGUAGCUGCUAUGUUGGAGUUGGAGCUUAGUAAUGAUGAGGAACAUAUUCAUUACUUGAAGUAUUUUGCAAACGAAAGGAGUGAAAUGAUUCAAAAGCUUGGAGAAGAAUUGGAAGGCAGUGUGGGGAAACUAAAGAAUGAUGUUGCAAAAAUCAUCAGAAAAAAGAAAGAACUUCAGAUGGACUCAACAACAUUGACCCAAACUGAAUAA